UUUAGGUCUACGUAUAUUUUAGAUCUACGUAUCGUAAGUACGCAAGCUAGUUCUUUCAAUGUCACCAGAGGUAGUAGGUCUCCAUCAUGACGGUCAAAUGGAUGGAGUUUACCACGGGAUGCGCCAAGGGAAUCCUUCUGGUGCUCAAUGUCUUCUGUAUUAUUCUAGCAGUAUGCGUGUUCGGGUUCGCGGUGGUGGACACGAAGAUCCUGAAGCAGUAUGGUGAGGAACACGCGGCAGGCACCUUCACCGGUGAUCUGAUUGUCAUCGUUGCCAGCCUGCUGCUGAUCGUGGUGGCUGUCUUCGGCGUCACGGGGGUGCUGAGGAGCAACGUCAAGAUGCUUUACUUAUACGUGGGAUUUCUCCUCAUCAUCGUGAUUCUUGAGCUGAUGAUCGCCAUCUUCGUGGCAGUCCAGCGGUACGGGCUGGAGUUCAGAGUCACCGAGUGGCUGCGAGAAGACUUCUUCAGGAACGUCACUGAUGAUGAAGUGGAACUACACGCAAAGCUCUGGGACAACCUGCAAACUGAUUACGAAUGUUGCGGUCUAAACGGACCUGAGGAUUACCGUGCAAUGCGCCAGCGCAUCAGCUUGUCCUGCUGCCCCCGUGCUCAACGCGCAAAGACACCUUUCGCCCAACAACAACUAUACAAUAUCUGUGUCGAAUCAGCUUCAUACUACGCUUCUGGAUGUGAGGACGAGAUCCUGUUCAUGCUCCGCUCGGACGCUGAUUGGUUGCUUGGGGCAGCAGCACUUAGCUUUUGGUUUGAGGUCAGCGGUAUGCUGCUCGCGAUGUGGAUAGCCAACAACCUAAAGAACAGUGUCCAAGUUUACAAGAGCACCGUCCGAUACUGAUUAAAGUUUAGAAAUAAAGUAAUAGCUAUUAAA